AUGAUGAUAUGCAAAAAAGUCUCCCUUUUGUGCCUGUUGGCCUUUGUCACGAAUGCCAAUGCAGGGUUCUGGAGUGAAACUGAAGACAACAAGGAACCCAAACAGCCAGACGAACCAGUGGAAUAUGGAGUGGAUGUCAGUUUCCCAAUUCACCACGAAGAGAUCUCCACCAAUUACGAUUGGUUGCCCCAUAAUGUUGAUACAUCCAUUCAAACUCCCCGACAAUAUCAGGACAUGGUUCGCCAACCUCUCGGCCACCGAAAGGAGUUUUACGAAAAGUUUUUGGACAGCUGUGUGAGACACUUUGGAAGUAAGGGUCAAAGAUGUGUGGUAAACGAGGCGGACCGUAUUGCCAUGUCACUUCGCCAACCUCAGAGUAUGCAGAACUACACAGAGGUUGGUUUCAAGAAAAUCAGGGCUCCGGAGGCAGUCUUUAAGGUGAUCAAGGAAUUUUGGGAUAAGAACAAGGACAAGGGCAAACCAGAACAAUGGGGUGUAGGCAACACGUACACCAACAACUGGGAAGCUCACUCAAAGAUGGUCAGUGUGGAAGACACAAAUCUGCGAGGAGGAGGCCGAGGACUUAAACAAAAGAUCUGGAAUGCUGCUCGAGAUGUGAUUCAAGAAUGGACUGGCGAAGAGUUGACCGAAUGCUCACUCUAUGGUAUUCGCAUUUACCCCACUGGUAGCGUUCUUGCGACACACGUCGAUCGACUUCCUCUUGUUUCUAGUGCGAUCAUCAAUGUUGCCCAGGAUGUCGACGAACCAUGGCCACUGGAAGUCUAUGGACAUGACGGAAAGGCAUACAAUGUGACCAUGGAGCCUGGUGAUAUGGUGCUUUAUGAAUCCCACAGUGUGUUGCAUGGACGUCCAUUCCCACUCAAGGGACGAUUCAUGGCCAACGUUUUCGUUCACUUUGAACCAGUGGGACACUCCUUGAGACACAAUGCCAAGGAAACUGGAGGGGGUGAUGUUGAUCAGAAAUAUCGGGAUGCAUUGCAGCGAGGAUCCGGAGGUCAUGAAAGUGACUUGCCCCCAUAUGUGAUUCCUGGAACACCGGAAGAAGAACACUGGAGACAACAACACCCAGGAGGUCAUAAAUCGGCCCGCAGAUCUUCCGUGACUGGUUCUACCUUUGCUCACAAGGCCGCCCAAGGAGGUGAUCUUGCGGCAUUGCAACGAGAAGUUGCCAAAAAGAAGGAAAUCAUCCACGCCAAGGAUUCCAAUGGCUGGACGCCAUUUCACGAAGCCGCCCGCGGAGGCCACAUGGAUAUUGCAAAGUACCUUUUGGAGCAGGGUGCAGAUGUCAAUCAAAGAACCAAUACGGAUGGUGGCACGGCCUUGUGGUGGGCAAAGCAAGAACUUGGGACAGAUCACCCCAUGAUUAGCCUCUUGGAGAGUGUGGGAGCCCUAGAGAUUGGUCCAGACUUGUAG